AUGCAUAAAGCAUACCUUCGGAAGGGCUCUGCUUGCAUCAAGCUGGAGGAAUACCAAACUGCAAAGGCUGCUCUUGAAGUGGGUUCUUCUUAUGCAUCUGGUGACUCGAGGUUUACUCGUCUGAUGAAGGAGUGUGAUGAUCGUAUUGCUGAGGAGGCUAGCCAGGUGCCAGUAAAGAAUGCCGCUGCGGCUGUUGCUUCAGCUACAUCUUCGGGGGCAUCUUCCGGGGCUACAACUGUGGCUACUGAAGCUGAGGACCAGGAUGGCGCAAAUAUGGAGAAUGCACAGCCAACGAUAGAAGUGCCAAGCAAGCCCAAAUACAGCAUGACUACUACAAUACUCCUACAGAAGUGGUACUGA